AUGGCAAACAAAUCCACUUCGAAUUCAAGAUUUACUGAUCUUGGCGAAGAACCCCACAAGCUCUUAUUACCCAUUGAAGACUAUCAACAUAUGGAACUGACGCCACUCGAAGAUGCGGUUCGAUCACUUCAUCCCAUAAUUGACAAUUUAGCAAGAAAUGUUUGGAUUGCAAAAGAUAUUUGUAAAUUACCGCUUGAUUCUCCAACAGCUGACCAAUCAGCAUCUAUCCAUUUGUACACCAUGGAGUGGAAAUCAAGUAGUAACAGUCUCUAUUCCAUUCUCAAUCGAACACUAAGGAACGAAGAUCGUGACAGUCUGAUUCAAUGGUUUCCAUACCUGAAACUAUUUCUGACAGCUCUUCACAACAUACCGUCUGUCGAAGAAGCGGUAUGGCGAGGAAUAAAAGCUGAUUUGUGCAUGAAGUUCAAUAAAGGCGGCACAUUUGUGUGA